AUGUCGGGAGCCGAGAUCGGCAUCGCCGUUAUUGGGGCGGUAGCAGCCCUGAUCACAGCGUACAAAGACGCCGGCGCCAUAGUUGAGAAUAUCAAGGAGAGACGUAAGGCAAAAGGCGCUCUACCCCCAAGUGUGGCGCUGGAGGAGUCUCUACAAGAAGGCCACCAAGAGAUUGAGAAGAUUACAGCAAAGGGCAUACAGCGGUUCGGGCCAACUUUCGAGCAAGGAGAUGAUAUUGCUCAUCGGGCUCUCCAGAGCCUGACUAUUGAAGUUCAGGCCUCCUUUCUGCACCACCUAAUGCUCGCUAGCAAAGAUGACAGUGUCAUCGACUUCGAGGCUUGUAUUGAUUCCGCCAUUGAGGCCCGGUUGCGCGCGGUUACAAUCCUCAAUGAACUCUAUUUGCGUCAACAGAAGCCCUCCAGCCCUGUCUCCGAACCUACGUAUGGGCUGUCGGUAAACCCGAAUCUGCCAGUCAAAAUAUCACGACCCUUUGCAGAGGAGACGAAGGAAGUUUCCGAGGCUUCGGCACCUACGGAACGGAAGAAGCGUUCUAGCCUGACCUCCGGACCUGUGCCUCAGACACCACGAAACCCGCAGCUGCCAGCAGCGAGGAUAUCACGGUCCUCUCCAGAUGAGAUGAAGGAAGUCAUCGAGGGACCUGCACCUACCGAACGUAAGGAGCGCAGUGGGACUCUGGGGUCCGAGACACCUCCAGCCCCAGGGGACGUUCCACGCAAGCCGUCUUGGAACGUCUUCAAGAUCUUGCAUCGAACUUCAUCGGCAGAAAAAGAGAAUAUAUCGACACCGCCACAAGCGACCUCAAGACCUCCCUCAUAUGUCACCUCCCCCACAUCACCUUCGAUCAGGUCCUUGGAUGAUCCUCGCAGAUCCCAAGUCAUGACUCCACCUAUCAGCCCAGUUUCAACCGUUUCGUCCAUUGAUGUGCUUGCUGCGGCCGGCUUUUGCAAAGGGGCAUACUAUGUUCAGCAAGGAAUCUACGAGAAGGGAGUCCAAGUCUCCAUGAAGAACAUGGAGUGGGCAUGUCAUUGUCGAAAAUGUCCGUUUGCAACACCAGCUGAUCGAGACGAGCGAGGACGAGCACGAUUCGACGAUAAAGUCCACUCAACUCGGAACCUACGUUGGCGGUCUCUCGUGCUCUUCAAGUCUCACAUUUCCUCUAGCCAGAAAAAGUCGAGGCUAUACAGGUGUCUGCUGUGUGUUCUUCUUGGCGAUUCGUCGUCCGUCUUUCAAGGGGAACAGCAUCUCUUUGAGCACAUGUUCCAUCAUCAAGGCGGGAUCGUGAAUGGCGUGGAACUUUGGGGACCGAUAUGUCUGGAUCCGGGCGGGGCGAGAAUGGGCUCUGAAAGAACAUUCGACAUCUGCUUCGCGGAGAACCCGCGAUUUGCUCUCCCGGAAGGCGCCUUUGAGAUGGGCGUCGCCACCGAGAUUGUGGAGGCUGAUGGGACGGAGAUCUAUGAUGAGGAUGUGUUCAAGAAUCAAUGGGUGGAUGAAGGACAGAGAUGA